CUCGGACUGAAUUGCGGCGCAGGCUGGCAUUGUGAGUAGUGUUCUAAGUUCUUGUAAACUACCGCGAGUAUCCCUGGACGGCCGGGUAUUUCUUUUUGACGAAAAUAAUAAAAGCAACUUUUAGCGACGGGGAAAAGAUGUUUGGUUUCCAUAAGCCAAAGAUGUACCGAAGUAUAGAUGGUUGUUGCAUUUGUAGAGCCAAAUCAUCAAGCUCUCGAUUUACUGAUAGCAAGCGCUAUGAAAAGGACUUCCAGACUUGCUUUGGAUUACAUGAAACUCGCUCAGGAGAAAUCUGUAAUGCCUGUGUGCUGCUAGUGAAGAGGUGGAAAAAACUGCCUGUUGGUUCAAAAAAGAACUGGAAUCACGUGGUGGAUGCAAGAGGAGGACCAAGUGUGAAAACAUCAGUGAAGCCAAAAAAAAUGAAAUCCCUCUCCAGGAGAGUCAAGCCAAGCCAAAUCAGUAAACUUAAGAAGGAAUUAAAAAGGCAGAAUUCUGAUGCUCAUAGUACCACUUCAAGUGCCUCCCCAGCACAGUCUCCAACAUACAGCAAUCACUCAGAUGGCUCAGACACUGAACUGGGCACACCCUCCAGUAGGAUGCCAGUAUUUUCCUUUCUUGACCUCACAUACUGGAAAAGGCAAAAGGUAUGCUGUGGUAUUAUCUACAAGGGUCGCUUUGGAGAAGUACUUAUUGACCCCCAUCUCUUCAAGCCCUGCUGUAAUAACAAAAAAAUGGUUUCUGAGGCUCCAGAGCCCUCCGAAGCUCUUCCAACCAUCCUCAAGGAAGAGGAAGAGGAAUGGUGAUAUGGUUGACACCCUACUAAAGAAUACGUGUAGUUCAAGCACUACUAGAAGCAUCCAUAGGUUUCUCAUACAAGAUGAUGGCAGCUGGACUGUGUGUAAGGCGUUUUUGUUUUUUGUUCAGUUUCUCUUUUCAAUUCCUCAUUCAGUCAUUCUGAAGUCAUUUGCCACUCCUCACAUCAAACUGAGCCAAGAAACCCCUUGCAUGCAUGCAUUUUUUGGGUAUGUUUCCAGUAAAACUAUUGAAGUACAAUAACCUCAGCACACCUUGGCUUUGAAGAUGGCUUUUUUUUCCCCAAGAAACGGGCAUUUUUGUGUGUGUGUGUGUGUUUCUCUUGUAGGACUUGUACCUUUCAAAUGGACUCUCGGUAUGAGCAAGUGUUUUUGUAUUAUCCUUGUUUAGAGGCCUUUCAAUGUUGAAUUUUAAUCUUAACUGUCUUAUUUAACUUCAUUGCAACUGGAAAUAUGUCAUUCAGAAGUCUCCUUUGGGAAAACUAUUUAUCUAAAAUAUCAAACAUUUACACUGGAGUUUAUAUAUAAAAAAAAAAAAAAGUGGGACUUUUUGGUACUUGGUGCAACCUGUCAUCUUUUAUAUUUUGGUAAAACUAAGUUUAGAAGAUAUUUUUCUUGUCUUCAUUGCAGGUAAGUGUCUAAACAGAACAUUGUUUACAUUUCUUAUACCUGGUAAUUGAAGAUGAAACCUUUUCAUUCUGGAACCAGUAAUUUGCAUAAUUUUAGUGUUGGCAAAAUAUUUGCUUUAAUACACAUAUUAUAUUCAGUUUUUACAGUUGGUUGAAUCUGCAGUGUUAAACCUUGCAUCAGACAUGCCACAAGUGAUUUAAUUUCAUGUUGUAGAAAUAAAUAGUUUUGAAAGACUAAAUUGCUUAACAGAUAUUGGUGCCACAGUAGCCCCCAAACCAAACUCCAUUAUAUUAAGUAUUUGCCUUUCCAGAAAUCCCAGAAACUGUGGUUAGAAUUCUUAUUACAGUAUUAUAUGCUAUAAUAAUGUUUAUUUUGUGUUAAACAUAUAGGAGAAGACAACCCAUCAUAUUUACUAGUAAGAUUUGAUAUACAUUAAAGGAUCUUCUGUGAGACAUUUUAAGUAUCUUUAGUGUUGGCAUUUCCAUGUUAAUGUCUGCAGUAUAUCCAACAUAAAGUUGAGAUUUUAUCUUAUUAUAGGUUUUUCAUAUUACUUUGCCUUUGUGAGGCUUACUGUUGUUACUAUUAUUGCUUUGAAACCAGCUGAACUGCCAAACGUUUCACUUCCUGAAGCCUGAAAGCUGUAGCGCUGUAAAUAUUCAGCAUUUUAUAUGUGAGGUAAAGAAACCUCUUUUUAAAUACAUUUUUCUAUGUGGAUGAAAAAGGGGAGCAAAUAUACAUGUAAAUAUAUUGUUUGUUUGUAAAUUAGAAAAUGAGCUAUACUAUGAUUUGUCUCUAGAAUUUUAACUUAAAUUCACAUUUCAGGGAAUCUCAUACAACUCUGUAUCACCAAGUAAGUAAUAACCAGCAUGUUCAGUUAAGGUUGCUCUCAGACACUUCUCUUCUUGUUAACCUUUAGAGUAAAGCUUUGACAUCUCUUACCUGUUGGCCCAAAGUGACUGCUGGUUUUUGUUCCAGUUAAUGAUUUAGCUGUGGCCAGUUAGGAAUUGGCUAAGUGGAGUGUGUUAUUUCAUUGUUAGUAUACUUAAAUUUGAUUGGACCUUUAGGAGCAUCCAAUUAUUUGGUCUGUUGAUCUAGCAUGUGGUCUCACCCAUCACCAUGAGGACAGAUUAGUUUUCUGGAGCUCUGUUAAGAUUUUGUCCUCUUGCUGCUUAUAAAAUGACUACUAGCACCAGUGCUUUAUUAUGCACACACUGAUAGAAACAAAAAUGAUUGAGUAGCUUCUAGUCAGGACCCAUUUUCAUUUGUGUAACUGCUUUAAAUUUAAUUCCUAAAGGAAAAUGUUUUCAAGCAUUUAAGAUAGUAAAGCUAAUUGUUUAAAUAAAUGUCAUAAAUUGCUUCUUUUUUGGUACAGUAGCUGUUAUGACAGCACCCCAUUGAUUCAGCCAUUUUAUGUCCGCUUCUUAUUGAAGAGGUGCCACCAUUCUGUCCUAAUUUUUGUGAGAGUCAAUGACAUGCCAAGGCCAGUGUCUGGGAGAAAACUGGAGAGUAAAUGAUGUGAAUUAGUAAGGAGCUAACCUUUAAACACAUUGGCUGGGAAAAAGUAACAUUAGCAGCAGAGUGAAGCAUGCAAGUUUGGGAACAUCCGCCAUUUAGAGCCCAGGUGGUUCCAAAUUGUUCCUGUAAGAUGUCCUUGUGGUCAUUUGUGUGUCUUUACAGCACCGAGAAUCAAAUCUGGGUGCCAUUUGAACCUGUGUAGACCCUUAAAGCAGGCCUCAGGUCUUGGGUUGUAUAUUUUCCUUCACUCUGAGACAUUCUGGGUCAGGGUUGGACUGCAAGUAUUUAUUGUAGCAAGCUUUUAAGCUCUCAACUACCUUGUGCUCCUAAAGCAAACCCUCCAUCAAAUAAACUAUUAUUUACAUGCAACUGCAAGUUUCCUUGUCAGGUUUUUUGGGUAACAAUGCGUCUCUACAAUUGUUUUGAGUUGAAAUCCCACCUUGGGCACUGUCUGUACAUUAUGCAUGUUGUCCUUUUGUUUAAAUUUGUUUUUUCCAGUAUUCAUUAUCCUGAGGAGCUGCAUGGUGGGCUAACUAGCAAUUCUGCAGUGGCCCUUGUGUAUGUAUAUAUAUUUAGGAGAAAACUAUUUCAUACAUUGGAUUGAUGGAUAGUUUUAAGUUGAUCAUUUAAGUCCUAUACAGUACAGCAGGAAACCUCAGAUAAAUGUGCAGUGGUGGAACUGAAUUGUCAUGGGUGCCCGUUUUUUUUACAGCUUUGUUUAGAAAUUAGCUGGUUUAUAGGGAGCUGAAACAGGCAGUUUCCAAUUAAAGCCAAAACCAGUAUGAGUAGAAUCCUAAUCAACUAAAAUCACACAACCAGGUUACUGUAAUACUGUAUAAGAAAAUCUGAUUAUGUUAGAACUUUAGUUACAAGCUGUGUAACAAAUGUCCUGUUUAAUUACACUUGUUCAAGGUAGCCUUGUGAGUGUGUUCUCAUACUCCUGAAGCUUUCCCCUAGUUGUCGGAGCUCCAGCCCACAGUACAAGCAGUGGCUGUUAGGUGAGUGCUGAUUGACCACUCUAUGGGAGAAACAGUGACCGUGGGCCCUUGUGACAUUUUUUUUCAGCGUUAUUUCUACCUAUCGCAACUGGAAAUAAAGCAUGUAGCUCCAAAUUAGGUAAUCCGUUUUUCUUUAUACAUAAAAUUCAAAAUUGGGAGUUUUUACUGGAGAAACAAAUUACAAAAAUGACCUAAAUCUGAAGUAUUCUCAUUUUUAGUGUUGUAUCGUUGAAUAGAAGACUCUGUAAAUUGCAUCUCUGAUUACCCUUUUUGGUAAAAUGCACUUAAAGUUUUGGACCAAAUCAGACAGUAUCCAAAAGCACAAGUAUAUUUCACUCUUGGAAAAUGUAAUCCUUGCAAAUUUUUGAUUUGUUUUUAGUUUUUCUGAAAAUGUUUGUUGCAAUACUGCAUCUUAACACCAUUUUCAGAAGAUGAGAGUAGAACUGAAAAAGUGCAUGUGAAGGAUAUGUUUUAAUGUGUAAACACAAUGGAUUAUUUUGGAAUAAUCUGACUUUGUCACCCAUGGUUGCCACAGUAAGAUGCAAGCUGUAUUUUAAACCUUGAUUCAAAUCCGCACAAAGCCUUGAUCCCCUUUUUGUCAAUUAUACAGUUUAAUUCUUCCAGAAAGCACUAGAAAAAGAAUAAUCAAGAGACAUGGGCAGCUAUUUCUCUUCCUUUGUAGGAUUUUUAUACAGUUAUCUAUCAAUACAAAUCUGAAGAGUUUAUUUGCUGUUGAGAACAAAGUCUAACUUAAAGUGGAUGACAAAAGUGAAGUAGUAGUUCAUUUCAGAUCUGCAUUUCAAUAUGAAAUUAUAAUUGGGGCAAUACUGUAAUAAAGGAUCUCUCUGUUGCUAUUUAUUUUUAUUUAUAAAGAAAAUGUUGCUUGUUUUAAACCACUGGCCUUUUUUGUUUCCUUUUGCUUCUUAUUUUUAUUUAGCUAGAUGUGCUUGAAGGCAAAGCUGGGAAUAUUUCUUUAAGUAUUUGGACAUUGAUGUAAAUUUUGUCAUUUUCUCUUUGUAUACCACCACAAUUAGUUUGAAAUUUAGCAAUCAAGAUGUGACAGAAUUAUAGACUUUCAGCUUUAAUUGAUGGUGUUUAACAAAGUUUUAAGCUUUGCAUUAAGCUUUCAGAAAUUACAGCCAUUUUUUUCACACAGUGCCUCCAUUUUCAAAAGCUCCAGUAUAAUUGGACAAAGUAAUAUAGGUAUUAUUUUAAUACUUGGAUGAAAAUCCUUUGCAGUCAAUGAUUGUCUGAAGUCUGGAACCCAUGGACAUCACCAGAUGCCGAGUUUCCUCCCUUGAGAUGCUUUGGUUCUAUUCAAUAAGGGCGCGCACAAAAAAGGCGAGCUUCAAAAGGGCGACCUCAAUUGGGCGCAGCGAAUAAAGGCAAACGCAACAAAAUUAUUACAGAAAAUUUAUUAGAUAAAGGCAAUGAUUGAACGUAUAAAAAGGUGAAAGCAAUAAUAUUAAAACAUCCAAUUAAUUAAUGCAUGAACUUCUAACGAACUAUUUCUAAAGCUCUCUGUAUUUUGUUGUUUUCUGCUCUUACUCAUUGUUGUGUUACACUUGAAGCUGUAGAUUAUGUGCAAUGCCACGUAGAUAUUUUAUUAUUAUCUAUCAUUAUCUAAAUUAUCUAUGAACGCCUUUAUUCGCCGCGCCCAAUUGAGGUCGCCCUUUUGAAGCUCGUCUUUUGAUGUGCGCCCUUAUUGAAGAAUACCUUUUUCCAUGCCUUUACUGCUUCCGCCUUCAGUUGCUUGAUGGUCUUUCUGCCUUCCGUUUUGUCUUCAGUAACUGAAAAGCAUGCCCUUAGGUACUGAUCAGGUGAUUGACUUAGCCAUUGAAGAAUAUCCCAUUUCUUUACUUUGAGAAACUCUUGUGUUGCUUUCACACUGUGUUUUAGGUCACUAUCCAUUUGCACUGUAAAGCCCCUUUCAAUCAGUUUUACAGCAUUUGGCUGAGUCUGAGCAGAGGGUGUAGCCCUUCAGAAGUCAUCCUGCUACUUCUGUCAGCAGCUGCAUCAUCAAUAAACACUAGAGAUCCAGUUUCAUUGGCAGCCAUAUAUGCCUAUGCCAUAACAUAGUGGAGACAAUGUCUAAUCUGACCUUCCUGUUCUUCAGUGUUACCUGUGAUUUGCAUCUAGAGGUAAACCCUCUGUAUUUAAAUUCAUGAAGGUGCCUCUUAAUUGUAGACUUUGACAGUGAUACAUCUACCUCCUCAGGGGUGUUUUUGACUUGGGUAGAUGUUGUGAAGGGGGUUUUCUGUGAUACUCUACUUUAGUUGUCUUCCAUGGCCUCCCAGGUCUUUUGCUAUUGCUGAGAUCACCAGUGCAUUCCUUUUUUUUAAUAAUGCACCAAAUUGUUGAUUUGGCACUCCUAAAGUUUUAGCUAUCUCUCUGGUAGGUUUAUUGUAUUUUCUUUCAGCCUAAUGAUGGCCUCCUUCGCUUGCAUUGACACCUCUUUGAAACUUAUGUUUAGUUCCAGUGAACAGCUACCAAAUACAAAUACAGUGAUUUGAAUCACCUGCAGACCUUUCAUCUAAUAAUAAGAAUAAUAGUACUACUUUACAUUUAUGUAGCGCUUUUCUGUCCACUUAAUAUGUUCUGGAAUAAUGAGGGAAUAGGCAACAUCUGGCCAUGAAACUGCUUAUCAGUCACGUGUCCAAUUACCUUUGAGCCUCAGAAAAUGGAGGGAACACUGGAUAAAUGGCUAUAAUUUCUGAAAACCUAAUGCAAUACCUUUGUCAAAUCCCAUAAAUUAAAGCUGAAAGUCUAUACUUGCGUCACAUCUUGAUUGCUUAAUGAUGAUGGUAUACAGAGAGAAUUACAAAAUUUUAGGAAUGUCAAAAUACUUACGGAGCCAAGUGUAGUUGUGUGCAUAAAGCUAAGGUUUGGUUGUGUAUUCUAAAUCUCUGCUUUCCAGUCACUUGCUUCUGAAGGGGAGCCUUCUGUGUAGGCAGUGAUAUUAAAAAUUCCUUAAUUUAAUUGGGUUAACCUGAUCUUGAAUGUGUGACUGUCUUAUAGACAUUACUGCUCCCCAGCAUAUGACAUUUUGUUCCCUUAACAAUUACAGAGUGUGUAUCGUUGAAAUUGAAAAUUUGAACAUCAACUAUUUGAAGUGUUUAGUGUUAUGUCUGACUCUUAUGUACUAGUAGAGUUAUCAUGGGUACAGUGAAAAGCAUGUCCAACCAACGGUCAACAAUAUGAUGUAUUAAAUUACAGAGCUAUUUAAUCAAAAGUACAAAUCGGCGUACCGCAUGUAUGAGGUCCCCAGCUUAUUCAAAAGGAUAAUAUUCCAAAAGUUCCUGUGUUGUGUGUUUCAAUACAUAGUAGUGUGUAUAAUUUCUUUGAAAUGUAUCUUCUGUUUCAGUCAAUAGGGAUUGAACACUCGGGUAUGAAUAUCUCUAUCACGUUCAUUUAUUUUCUUUUGCGUUAAUAUGGAGAUGAUUCCCAUUGCCUUAUGACCUGGACUCCCAGCUUUGCUUCAGACUGUCUCAGCAGCAGACUCACUCCGUAUCUUAGCUUUUUGUGCUACAAGCAUGUACGUAGCUAUGCACUUUGUAUGACUGUAUUAGGCAUCUAUGGAGCCAGUUUUUUUGUAUUUUUAUACAUACUGUAAUUUUUUUACCUAGAUCUAAAAUAAACUAGAAUGCUUUGUAAACA